AUGCCAACUUUGAUUGGCUCGGCAGUCUGGGACGACUCGUGGGAGGGCAUCCAAGGCAGCGGCGGUUUCUCUCCGCAGGGCUCCCACAACGAGGCCGCAAUGCCGCAAAUCCCCAAUGACAUGGACAUCCAACUCCACCAGCAGUUGCUUCCCAAGGCGGUAAAGCUGGCUGCGCUAGAGCACUGGCAAUGCGUGUCAGAGCCGAAACAUGGCUGGGCUAUCAAAGAGAGAUAUACUGUGUUGCCAGCUCUGAGACAGACUUGUUAGAAGACGACCAACAAGGCAGAUCUAUCAAUCUGUGCGUUUUUCCCUUUCCUCUCCGUGACGACGUACAAGUCUAGAGUGUGGCUGCACACCAGCAAAUCGCGUCAGCAACAAAAAAAUGACUUGUUUCCUUCGCAGGCCAGGAUCUCGUUGAAAGCACUCUCACACUACCUGCCACUAUAGCACGGGCGGGUAGUCCCAAGGACGAUGCAAGCACCAAAUGGUGCUGAGACACGCAGUUCGCAUCACCCAUCACACACUAAGACAAGUGCAGAUCCUUUAGCAUCCAGUGCAUACGCCGUUUUGAGACGAUGGCCAAUUGCUGAAUAUGCCUGAGCACUGAGCACUGCGCACUGAGCAUGCAAAUACCUAGCUCGGCUGUUCUGCCCUAUCGCAGCCC